UGUUUCUUUCAGUCUCCGGCAGGGCGCCGGAACGUCGUGGGUUUGAACACCACUGCAGUGUUUUUCUUAUGUUUUCAUGCAGUGGCGUAGGGACGGUAAAUUGUAAAUAUAAAAGCCAAGGUUAAUGCCCAACGGAGUGUAGUUGGGUUAGCUUGACUCUGGCUAGCCUUCUUGGGCAUGGCACUGUUCAGUGAACAGUCCAUUAUGAUUAAGUAUAUCACAUUUGUACUGCAGAAGUCCAAUCUCGUAUGUUAAAACUGGUUUAAUGUACUUGAGGUAGGAAAGCUAAAACGGAAGGUUAAAACAUAUUAAACUAAGUCUCGUUAUAAUACCGAACAUGGCCACGCGGUGGAGCAUUUGCAGCGGGUUGGAGAUUAGACGGAACGACCCUCCGGAAUCCAGCAAAGCGCGGGAGACUGGCCCCCUGCCAUGUGGUCCCUAGCCAAGUGUAUUCUAGGUAACGUUGAGUCAGGCUGAUCUCGACGGAGAUUCUGUUUCUCUGUCGGAGUGUGUAUCAUGUCGUCCGCGAGCGUCACCGCCUCGCGGAGACAGUCCUGCUACCUGUGCGACCUGCCACGCAUGCCGUGGGCCACCAUCUGGGACUUCACCGAGCCCGUUUGCCGCGGCUGCGUAAACUACGAGGGCGCCGACCGGGUGGAGUUCGUCAUCGACAGCGCCCGGCAGCUGAGGCGGACACGCGGCUUCCAGGAGGGAAGGUCCGCUGGGCCGGGGAAGCCCCACCACCCCGGGAAGGACCCCCAGACGAUGAGCCAUUCAACGGCCGGGGAUCAACCUGGACCACGGCCGCCACAGUUGUCGAUGGAUCGGCACCCGCUUUCGGACCGACCGGCAAGACUGACAGGACCGGAGUGCCAAGCGAUCAUGAGGCAGACAAACGGACUCUCCACGCAAAACGGAUGGCCAAAAUCAGACGACCAUCCGCCGGAGCUCAACCGACAGAGCCCCGACCCGCGGCGGACUGGCGCGGUUCCUCUCAGUCUGCUGACCGGGCUGGACGGCCGUCCCUCGCCGCUGGGUCGACCCGGGGAAGGGAAGGACGCCCCGAGGCAGCCGUUGGUCGGCAGCAGGACUGUACGCCACCUCAUGGCGCUGCAAGCCUUCAAGACGGAGCACGCGACCCUCCAGCGUGUGAUGGCGUCCGAGCCCACGGCCACGUCCUCCAAGUUAGGUAAAUCUCCGCGGGUGGGGAAACGGAAGUCAUCUCCGGACCUCAACGGGGAGGGGGGCGCGGCCUCCAAGAUGAACGGUGUGGAAGCGUGGCUUCCCUCCCCCCACCCCCGUGCCAUGCCCCCUGAGCUCCCGCCCACGGGACCCUCCCCCAUGGCGGCCCUCCUCCUCGUCGCAGACCCCGCCGGCCUGCCCAAGGAGGAGCCUCGAGCGGACUCGUCGGGGGCGGGGCCCGGGGCCGUCGGGGGCGGGGCUCCGCUGUGCUGCACGCUGUGUCGGGGCCGUCUGGAGGACACUCACUUUGUCCAGUGCCCGUCGGCGCCGGCCCACAAGUUCUGCUUCCCGUGCUCGCAGGGGAGCAUCCGGCAGCAGCAGGACGCGACCGGGGAGGUGUACUGCCCCAGCGGGGAGCGCUGCCCCCUGGUGGGCUCUGGCGUGCCCUGGGCCUUCAUGCAGGGGGAGAUCGCCACCAUCCUGGCCGCCGGGGACGUCAAGGUGAAGAAGGAGCCCUGAGCACCAGGCCCGGGCCCCCCCGAAGGGCUCCGUCACCCACCCGCCCCCAGGAGGAACGUCCGGCCCCAGGAGGAACGUCCGGCCCCAGGAGGAACGACCGGUCCCUGGAGGAACACACAUGUCACUUGUUGUCAGAAGUUGCAUGUCGGAAGUUACAAACUGAGAGCUUGGUGUGUCGCCAGGUAUGCUUAUGCCAGGUACGCUAACGGCAGGUAUGCUGGCACGAGUUACACUAAUGGCAGGUGUGCUUAUGCCAGGUACGCUUACGCCAGGUGUGCUUAUGCCAGGUACGCUUACACCAGAUGUGCUUAUGCCAGGUACGCUUACACCAGGUACAGGACGGCGGGUAGGCUAACGCCAGGUAUGCUAAUGGGAGGUGCCCACCGCAAGGUGAGGCAGACGGCAGGUACACGCAGUCAAAGUAUGCAGCUUGGGGACGACGCCCAGAAGUCUACUGUACGUGUUUUACGUUAUUGUCACGCCGACCCAUGCAGAGCGGACCGGGGCCGGUCCGGCUGGACCGUAGACCGGCCAGCGUUUACUGAGACGUAACGGACACACAUGGCUGUCGCCAUGACAACUGACCUGAGCAUGUUGGACACGAGAGAGAGAGGGGUCCUCUCCAGCAGCACUGUGUUUAUAAUACUUUGUAUACAAGACUGUGUAUAUAAAACUUAUUCUGUUGCAUACUUUUUGUUUUUAUAUUGUAUGAAGAUCUACUAUGUGUUCUGCUCCACAUCCAAGUACUUCCUGUUCAGAGUCGAAUGUGGUUUAUCUGAGAACCUCUCUAUUUGUAGUUGUUCUUCUAUUGUUCUUUCUCGUUGUAUUUCUAGUUUUAUUCGAAAAAUCCAUCUUCUUGCCAAAUAUAGUUUGACCUGAUAACA